GUUGGGGUGACGGCGCUGUCUCGCUGUUUGUCAGGCGGAGGUGAACUUCACGGCGGCUACGGGUGUGGCUUCAAACGUGAUAAAUCUCAACGCUGGGAAGAGAGUGCGUAACGGCGAUAGGGAUUAAAACAAACGGAAAACGUAUAAAGCAGCAAAGAGAAAUAUCCUCUGAAAAGUGGUAAACGUGUGUCCGGUAGCCUCACUGCCAGCAGGAAUCCGUGUGCUCGGGUUUCAACAGCUGGAAUACUUUUUUGUUGAACUUCGUGGUCCGUUUUUGUACGUUUUAACCUGCUCUGAUGGUCUGUUGUGGGAACUACAGAAUUAGCUAAAAGUCAGCCUUCCGCCAAAAAAAGUUCUUCAAGCUUUGUUUUCGGCAACAAGGACAACUUCUCCACUCCUACAAAAAAACCACCAAUGUUGGCCAACUGACCGAACAACCAACGAGUGUUUGGGAAUUUAAUACGUUAGAAAUCCAGGUUCACAUCGCUCGAGGAACUCUAUGAUUUUCGUUCCCUCUCGCGGAUGAACGGACUCCGUCACGUUUGUCGCCACCCAUCAAAAAGGGAAGUCGCCUUAUUCAACUUCAACCCUUGUUUUUAAAUAGGGGUUUUCGGGACUCAGUCGGUAAUUAUAUAUAUAUAUAUAUAUAUAUAUAUAUAUUUUCCUGGUGAUAUUUCCCCCACUAAACAGCAGCCCUGAAGCGCGCACUAGGAAACAUGGGGUGUACAGUUAGUCAGGAAGAUAAAGCCGCGGCCGAGAGGUCUAAAAUGAUUGAUAAAAACCUGAGAGAAGAUGGAGAGAAGGCUGCGAGGGAAGUGAAACUGCUGCUGCUGGGUGCUGGAGAAUCGGGGAAGAGCACCAUUGUGAAGCAGAUGAAGAUUAUCCAUGAGGAUGGCUACUCAGAAGAUGAGUGUAAGCAGUACCGGGCUGUUGUCUACAGCAACACAAUCCAGUCCAUUAUGGCCAUCAUUAAAGCCAUGGCCAACCUUAAGGUUGACUAUGAGGAACCUACUAGAGCGGACGAUGCCCGCCAACUGUUUGCCCUGUCAGCAGCAGCAGAGGAGCAGGGCAUCCUGCCAGAAGAACUGUCCAACGUCAUCCGACGACUGUGGGCUGACGGCGGCGUCCAGGGCUGCUUCACACGGGCCCGAGAGUACCAGCUCAAUGACUCAGCAGCCUACUAUCUAAAUGACCUGGAGAGGAUAGGCAAGCCAGAUUACAUCCCCACACAGCAAGAUGUGCUGCGGACCAGAGUGAAGACCACGGGCAUUGUGGAAACACAUUUCACCUUCAAGGACCUGCACUUCAAGAUGUUUGAUGUUGGAGGCCAGCGGUCAGAGAGGAAGAAGUGGAUCCACUGCUUUGAGGGAGUCACAGCUAUCAUCUUCUGUGUUGCCAUGAGCGCUUAUGACCUGGUCCUGGCUGAGGAUGAGGAGAUGAACCGGAUGCAUGAAAGCAUGAAGCUGUUUGAUUCUAUUUGCAACAACAAGUGGUUCACAGAGACGUCCAUCAUUCUGUUCCUCAACAAGAAAGACCUGUUCGAGGAGAAGAUCGCCCAAAGCCCACUGACCAUCUGCUUCCCCGAGUACACCGGUCCCAACAAGUACGAGGAGGCUCAGGCUUACAUCCAGACCAAAUUCGAGGACCUGAACAAGAAGAAGGACACCAAGGAAAUCUACACCCACUUUACCUGCGCCACCGACACCAAGAACGUGCAGUUUGUGUUCGACGCUGUUACUGACGUCAUCAUCAAGAACAACCUGAAGGACUGUGGGCUCUUCUAAAUGCAUGUCAUAGAACGAGUCAAGAUUACUUGAAGAGUUCUGAUGACCAUAAAGAUAGAGGGGAAUAUACACACAUCAUGAAUGACUGCACUGGCCAUCCUGCUUUGAUCUGCUUUUUAUAAAGACACCUAAGAGACUGAAAGCCCGACGAGCCUCGCAGAAUUUCAACGAAUGCUGAUCCAGUCUCUCGUAUCAUUAACUGUUUGGGCUAUGACCACAAAAAUCAACAUAACAUUUAUUAUUGUGUUGUUGUUCUUGUUUUCUUCUUCAUUUUCAAUUACUAGAGGAGGCAAAGGAAAAUGUUUUUUUUUAUAUAAAUGCAUUCAUUUUACUUUUAGAAAUUCUGAUGUGCAAAUUCUUCAACUUUUAUCACAUGACGUUUAUUUUUUAAGAGAUGAAGCACAGGCAUGGACAUAAAUAUGAUUGAUAAAGGAAAGUGCUAUUUUUAUGUUUACAUAAUUUCAUCAUUCAUAUCCAAACCGUAUACUUUUCUGCAUGCCUCGUCAUGGCAAAUAUUAGCUCUGUAAUCUGCACAAAGUAUCUAACGUUCCUAAAAAAAGAUAAUAAAAAUGUUAAAACGUUGAAAAAAAAAAAAAAAAAAACUUCACAUACAAGGGGAAAUUAUGGAGAGAAAAAAUGUAACUGAUAUUCAAAGUAUGUAUGUACCUAACAUUCUAUCACUUUUUAUAGUACCAUUUCCAUGUCUGUUGCAGUAUGUUUGUGCCUUGACUUCUGUUUACAACCAAUUCCUAGAUAUGCUUUCAGUACUAUUUGACCUACUGUGCGUCUAUAUUUUUCUUGCAUUUUCUGCCUAGCACCUAUGAAUAUAUAGUGAUAAUUAAUGAGAGACAAAAAUCUAAUUCAGAAAACAGUUCACGUGUUUUGGUAAAUAUUAAAAUGCUUUUAAAGUCCUAUAUGAUUUAAUUUAAAUAAAAGUAGAGAUCAGUUGA